UAUGUGCUUUGUUAUUAUCAGUGCAUCAAACAUCGAAGAGAGUUCCAGUUUCUUGCUCUUGUUUUAUCUCUUGGAUCAACUGCUUUGUUCUAAUUAUUUCAUUUCAUUUUCUGGAUAAAGUUUUGAUAUUUUUGAGAAACCCAUUGUUUGAUAAAACACUUGUUUUUAAUAUACGUAUAAAGAUGGGAAGACAACCAUGUUGUGAGAAAGUUGGGUUGAAGAAAGGGCCAUGGACUGCUGAGGAAGAUAAGAAGCUAAUCAGCUUCAUCCUCACCAAUGGCCAAUUCUGUUGGAGAGCUGUUCCUAAGCUUGCAGGAUUGUUAAGGUGUGGAAAGAGUUGCAGGUUGAGAUGGACAAAUUAUUUAAGACCAGACCUGAAAAGAGGACUUUUAUCUGAAUAUGAAGAGCAAAUGGUGAUUGAUCUUCAUGCUCAACUUGGCAAUAGAUGGUCUAAGAUUGCCUCUCAUCUCCCUGGAAGAACUGAUAAUGAGAUCAAGAACCAUUGGAACACUCACAUCAAGAAAAAGCUGAGGAAAAUGGGCAUUGAUCCUCUCACCCACAAGCCACUAUCAACUGCUGAAGAGCAGCCGAAAGAGCAAAAGAAGCAAGUUCCAAAAGUUGACAAAUCCAAACCGCCUGAAACAUCCUUACAAUCCACUAUAACUAAAGCAAAAGAGGAAGAUACGAGCAUGACAAGCUCAUCAUUUGACCCAAUGGAUAUGACGAUGAACAAUGAAAACAUUGAUGGUUUUUGCACCGAUGAAGUUCCAUUGAUUGAACCCCAUGAAAUCUUGAUCCCUGGCCCUGCUGCACCCUCAACAUCUUCUUCUUCUUCAUCAUCAUCAUCUUCUUCUUCUGCUCAUUCUCCCAACUUCCUACAACAAUUUCACUACUUCCCUGCAGAUUUUGAAUGGCCUUCAGUUAACAACACCAACAAGACCGAUAGCAACAAUUUGAGCUUGUGGGAUACUGAUGAUUUCAGCGGUUGGGAUUUGCUGAUCAAUGAUGAUGAUAGUGAUACAAAGCUAGCUCUUGAUUCAUUAUCAUCUCCUCUAUUUCAGUGCCUAAGAAUGGGCUUUGAUCAAGAUUCUUGGACAUAUCCACUUUUAUGAUUUUUGUUUUCACUUUGAUUUUUAUUAUGUGUUUUCUUUAUUUCUAGUUUCUCCUUUUAUUUUUUUUAAUCUUAUGUGUUUGCAUGAUGGUUAAGGUGUUCAUCACCCCAAAUGUGACAUGAAUUCGAGUCGUGCUAUUUGCAUUA